AUGGAGAAACUCCCCGUAGAGAUCCUCUGCGAGAUUAUUGACUAUCUCACCCCACACGAGCGGGUACAACUUCAGUCCGUCUCGAGGCGGCUAUUCUCCGUGGCCCGGGAUAACAAUCUCUGGAGACUCCACUGCUUCGAAGAGUCAUGGAGCGCUUCCGGAGCCUUGCGUUCCGCUACCAACAAGACCUCCGAGAGCCUGCUUACCAACUCCACGGCUUCCCUCAGCUCAUUAGGCCAAACUUCGCUUCGAUCGCUGAUACAGCCAGGCGCGUCCGGGCUCGGAGACAGUAAAUCAAGCGGCUUGGAUCAAACGCCGUCCUAUGGGCAAAGAUCCAGAGCGGCGGCGUCGUGGGACCCGUCUUACGAAGGGGAGGAGGUGAACUGGUACUCGGAGUACAUUGCUCGAAAUGGCCCGAUUUCACUGAGUUGGAUGCAGCAGCCCUUUACCAGGGAAUCACAGGGUGGGAAAAGGGAAUACCGAGAGGUCAAAGGAAUGGGACUGCUCCGGGACUGGAGUACUGCUCGACAGAACAAAGUCGUUGCGCCCCUGGAUGACGGUAGUGUCUGCAUUUGGGAUCUCAACCACUCGCAUUCGAUUGGAUCCCAGAGCACCAAGGGUAAGGUUCUUGGAGUCAGCUCGCCGGGGAUAUUGAUGGCCAACCGGUUUGGCAGACGAGACAACUCUGGAGCAAAGCAAGCCUUGGAAUUCGUGAAUCUCGGAGAAUGUGUGAGCGUAGACUCUAUGCGUCGGAGGGCUUACCUGGCUGUCGGGAAUAUUCUAAACGAGGUAGAUCUCGAAAGUCUCACUGUUAUUUCCCAACAACGCUUCCCUUGGUCCGUUUUUGCCUUGUCCCAGGAGACGGAUUAUUCUGUACCGUUGACGGUGGCUACCACUUUGAGUCUUCACAUCUACGAUGGCAGAAUGUCAGCGACGGAGGAGCAGGAGGCUAUCACUCUACGCUGUGAAGAGCCGACCGUCUCGCUAGUCCCCAAAUCUGAGAUCUAUUCUCCGCCCGAUUCACCCCUUUUGCAGCUACAACCGAACGGACAACCCCCGCACCGGAUACGAAGCCCUGAUCUCUCAAAGAACAGUGACAACUAUGCACCCUUAUUCCAACCAGGACCUCUCUCGCUUCUACACCCUCCCGCACCGCACGUGAACUCGAUCUUCCUCGCUGGCCGUUUUCCAAGCAUCUUACAGUAUGACCGUCGCUUUUUCCCACGGCUUCAGAACACAAUUCAUUCUGGUGGUCAACUCUGCGGUCUUGCUGCAGUUCCGGCGCCGCGAUUCCCUGUCUCUCCCAACUCUGAAUUUCCCGCAUCCCACAAAUUGGUGGCCUGCGGUGACUACAAAGGGCGGGGUUCUCUUGAGCUCUACAAUCUCACGCCCUCCAACACCAACGCCAAGAGCGAUCCCUCGGGCUGCUCGUCCAACCUGUCUACAGUGUACCAAAAUCGGCAGAGUGUCGCUAGAUCCAAGGUGCUCUCAGUCGAAUCACACGGGACCCGAAUUGUCUACUCCGAUGCAGACGGCAAUAUCAAAUGGGUUGAGCGUGAUGGACGUUCCGAAGUUCGGCGCCUGAACAUUAAUUCAUAUCAACCGCAGCGAAGAUACUACCCACAGCGCAAUGGGGAAACGUCCACUCAUUUGGGAAGCAACACUGAUACCAACGGUGAAGAGGAAGAACAGUCAUUCGGAUUAUGGGGUAGCCUAUCGCGGUCUCGCAGCGAGGGUGAAGUUGCUCGAAAGAUUCUCCCAACCGGCGGCAGCUUGACAGGUGAUGAACUACUUGUCUGGACAGGAGAACACAUCGGACGCGUCCAUUUCUCGAACCUCCCGGACAUGGGUCCAGAUUCGGACGAAGAAGAUGAUGCUAUAACUCUGGAUGGAAAUAUCGGGGAAGCGGAGCGUGAAGAGCGACGGAACAAACGGCGGGAGCUACGUCGGCGGGAAGAUGAAUAUGCCACGAUGAUGCGCAGGGCACUGGAGAGGCAGGCCGACGAAGUGAGACGGAUGGGGGGCCUGGGGCUGUGA